AUGAGCACGGAGCCUGUCUUGCAGCCGCAGACCUCCAUCAGUAACGAGGAGAAGUGGGAUCAUUGCAUGGAGAACUUUAUUCGUAAAACCACCUUGGGCUUUGCCUGUGGCGUGUUACCGGCACUUCUGAUUUCGCGCUCUCUUGUGGCACGUGCUUCCAUCGUUUUGUUCUGCGCUGGCGUUGGCUCAGGCAUUGCGUACGGCGAGGCGCGUUAUCUCUUCGACCACAAUGUUUUGUUUGACCGCCGCCACUUAGUCCAGAUAGAGCUCUUUACCCCAAAGAGGUAG